GAGCAUCGGCAGAAGCGCCCUCCUAUCUCCCUUUAUAAAAGUAUCCAAUUGCUCACUUCUGCAUACCAUUUCCUUCCUCCGACCAAAACAGAAGCUUAUCCCUAGUGGAUUGGCCACUACUCAAUUAUCGUCUGCUGUUUGGGCGACGAAAAAUGCGUUCCUUCAUCUCCUCCGCGAUAUUCUCUUCCUUAUUUAUCUUCCUUUUGUUGACGGGUGGAAGAUGCGGACCCAGGCAUAAGAGGUUCCUCAGAACAGAUUUUCUCAACCCUCUCUCUGACAGCCUCGUAGGACUGGGUGAUUAUGCCCGCGAUCUAUCCGACCAGUUUUCUCAGGCUUCAGUGGCUGUCCAACACGUGAUGCCCCAGGCAACCCGGGCACUCACCAGGCUCACCCCAUGGGGUCACAGGAACAGAGAGCUCGAGACGAGACCCAAGAAAAAUCUCAUCCGUAUACCUGUGGAACGAGAAACAGAAGAUGAAGAAGAAAUAGAAGUGUUCGAACCGGAAAAGAAACCUCAAACCUUCGUCCCGUUUUCAUUCACAUUCGGACUCUUGACUCCCUGGUGGCAAGGGUGAGCAUUU